ACCCUCUGCUUCCCUCUGGUCUUCCUGCUGGGGCUGCUGCCCCAGGUCAACACCUGCCUGAUGUACCUGCUGGAGCAGGUCGACAUGCACGUCUUCGGUGGCACUGCCGCCACCAGUCCCCUGGCUGCUCUGUACGGGCUGGCCCGCAGCCUUCUGGUCGCUGCUGCGCUCUACGGCUUCUGCCUGGGGGCCAUCCAGGCACCGUGGGGGGAGCAGCAGGUCCCUCUCCUCUUCUCUGUCUUCUGUGGGCUCCUCGUCGCGUCCUCCUACCACCUCAGUCGCCAGAGCAGCGACCCAGCCCUGCUAUGGUGA